UAUAGAGUCGGACCAAGGAAAAAUCGAGAGAAAACAAGUUCAAUUUACGUAAUCGUCACCUGCGAAUUAACUAUCCUGUGUUUCCUGACGAGAUUAAAUUGCUGGACAAUUCAUGGCCACAAAGUUUUUCAAAUCUACUUCACUUGCGUUCUUUCGAGAAAUCCAUGCAAGUCAAAGCUGCGGCCAUGGAAGUUCUGAAAUUCUCUUCUGCUCCACUCCACUCCACUGCCAAAGUGAACAAAUACCGAUUUCGGAAUCAAUGUUUUCAGGUUCAUCUCUUACCUUCAACAUCUUCUUUAACGAUUCACAGACACAGUCGAAGAUUCAAGCUCUGUGCAAACUCAUCGCCCACCAUUUCAACGGAAUCUGCGAAUCCGUUAGAGGUAGAGCCCGAGAGCGAACGGCGAGAGGAGAGAUUCGAUUGGUAUGCGCAGUGGUACCCGGUUAUGCCGAUUUGUGACCUCGACAAGAGGGUGCCGCAUGGGAAAAAGGUAAUGGGGAUCGAUGUGGUGGUGUGGUGGGAUCGGAAUGAGAGUGCCUGGAAGGUGUUUGAUGAUGCGUGUCCCCACAGGUUGGCUCCGUUGUCUGAAGGAAGGAUCGAUCAAUGGGGUAGAUUGCAAUGUGUUUAUCAUGGCUGGUGUUUUAAUGGCUCCGGUGGUUGCAAAUUUAUCCCUCAGGCGCCCCCCGAUGGUCCUCCGGUUCACACAUCUAAAAGGGCAUGUGUAGCAGUUUAUCCUAGCAUUGUGCAGAAUGACAUAUUGUGGUUUUGGCCAAAUAGUGAUCCCCAGUACAAAGAUAUUUUGGUGAAGAAAAAACCCCCUUAUAUCCCUGAACUGGACGACCCGUCAUAUACCAAGUCAAUGUGUAACAGAGAUCUUCCAUAUGGGUAUGAAGUUUUGAUUGAGAAUCUUAUGGACCCAGCACAUGUCCCGUAUGCCCAUUAUGGGAUAAUGGGAACGCAACAGCCGAAGAACAGUGAGAAAGCAGAUCGAGAAGGAGGCAAACCAAUUGAAAUUGUUGUGAGAGACUUAGAUAUAUAUGGCUUCAUCAGUAAUCAGACACUGGGAAGUAGCAAGUUUUUUGCACCUUGUUUGUAUUACUCUUCUUUUAGUCUUGGUCCAAUUUCUAAGGAAAAAAAUCCAAAACUCCAAGACAAUGGAACACUCUUGUCAGCUGAAAACAAUACGGUGACUCCAAACACAUCACAAAAGAAAGGGAUGCUAAUAUUUAUGUGUAUUCCCGUUAGUCCGGGUAAAAGCAGAGUAAUAUUUGUAUUUCCAAGAAACUUUGCUGUAUGGAUGGACCGAAUUAUUCCGAGAUGGAUGUUCCAUGUGGGACAAAACCUCAUUUUAGAUUCGGAUUUGUAUCUUCUCCAUGUGGAGGAGAGGAAGAUAUUGGAUAUCGGCCCUUUAAAUUGGCAGAAAGCUUGUUUCGUGCCAACAAAGUCCGACGCCAUAGUGGUUGCUUUCAGAAGGUGGUUGAACAAAUAUUCAGAUGGUCAUGUUGAUUGGAGAGGCAAGUUCAGUGGCAGUCUUCCCCCAUCGCCUCCAAAGGAACAGCUGAUGGACAGGUACUGGUCUCAUGUGGUGAACUGCAGCAGUUGUAGGGUGGCAUGCAAGGGUCUGAAUGCACUAGAAGUUGUGUUGCAGGUCAUCUCCAUUGCUUCACUUGGAAUUUUUGCAUCAACAAAGCAGAGUUUGGUAUCAGCAGCUGCUAGAAAUGUGAUGGUGGCUAUGGCUAUUCUCUGCUUUGCUGCUUCAAGGUGGCUGUCUCACUACAUUUACAAAAACUUCCACUUCCAUGAUUACAACCAUGCCCUUCGUUGAAAUUACCGUUAUGCCCUUUGAUGAAAUUACCACUAUGCCCUUUGAUGAAAGCUUUAUAGAUGCUGACACAGAUACAAACUAAUAGAAGAAGCAUAUGUAUUUAUUUAUGAAAUAAACUAUUUUCUAAUUGUAUUUAACAGAAAUUCUUAGUCCAUAGUUUGAUUUGAUGAUAUUACCAUUAUGCCCUUUGAAGAUGUUGAUUGAAGGAUCAGAACUUGGUUGCCUCAAUGUAAUUUUACAAAGGCUACUUUCAGUCUUUCACCAUUCCAA